AUUUUUUUAUCGACCAUGUAAACAAGAUGCUUAGAUUUUUUCCUUUCUUCUUUCCUUUUGUUUUUUUUAUCUAAUGAUAUACAUGUUAUUUUAUCGGGGGAAAAAAAAAAGAAAAAAAUAACAAGCCGGGUGUGGAUCUUGUUUUCCCUAAAAAUUUCAUAUUUCAUCGUAUUUACGAGAUAUAGGAAAAACUUGAAACAUAGUAAAAAUACACAGACUGAUAAUAUUUUGUAAGAAAAUGUAAUUGGGUUUUUCGGAUUACACUGCUAUUUAUAUUGUUCAUUGACAAUUAGUAAGAACACCAAGUAGACACGUACACGAGCAUGUAUAAAUGUUAACGCGUACAAGCUAACAGCUGUUGAAAACCGUCAUUAUCAAUUGAGCAUGCGUAACAUAUGCAUCUAAUUCGGCUCGUUACCAGUAAUGUAUUUUAAUUGGCCGUACGCGCUCUCACAGCAUCAAGGAACGCGAACGUUUACUAAAAGUUCUUCCGCACUAAGUAAUAACCCUCUAAUCCCAUUUAUUAGAAAGCCGCAUACAGCUUUGCGCUUUGUGAAAGAAUGAAAAAUCGAUUUUUCGCAAACGUAUUUGGAUAAUUGUUGUUAGGAUGAGUGCGAGCUAGCGAAUCAAUUUGAAAGGGAAACGUAGUAUUUCAAGAAUAUUUAAUCGAUUAAAUAAUUCAUUCUUUUAUCAAAUAAAUGAUAUAAUCGUAAACCGCUUUUUUCCAUCGUCGAUAUUCCUAGAAUAUAGCAAGAAGUAAAUUUUGUUCUUUUUUUAAAUAAAUAAAUUCUCAUGAUAUUGUGUUUUUGGAAAAUCGACGAGCACGCAUUGGUAGGCACGUCAAGUCGAAUCCAUCGAAAAGCAAGCAUCUUAAAAGCGGUUGGUCUCUCGAAUUUCUUCUCUCUAUCCCUUACACAUUCGUAAGGUCUGCCAAAGGACCCGUAGCAAAGCCCCUGGGUCCUUUCGGACAAGAACCUUUUGUCUUGCCCGGCUGCAACUAUUCCAUCUCUCUCUCUCUCUCUCUUUAUUUUUCUUUUCCCUUCUUUCGAGCGCGUAAACGGAGAAGGAACUGAAAGGAAGGAACGUGUGUCACGACCAAAAAGGAAGCUGCGAGUCGCACGCGUUUUCGUCUUUUUUUGAGAGAAAAAGGAUCUUCAUAAGUAAUCGACGUAGAGAUUAGGUGUAGUUACAUGCGUAGAGUGAUAUGUUAACCGAAGACAAUGACCCGACGAAACCAGCGGGCGUUUUAGACAAUGCUGGCAACGUGUCUUCCUCGACGGAGGCCUCGGUACAGCACCCUCGCAGCGCAAACAAUGAAACCGAAGUUAAAAACGAAGUUCAAGACUGUCCGGAGAACGAAAGCGUGCCGGGUAGCGAAUUGUACAUCGACGAUAAUGCCGAGGAAAAGGAGCAAGAGUAUCCAGAUUCUAUGGAGAAGGCUGACUACGGUACUCUCUAUGGCGCCAAUCAAUACUACAACAGCAUAUACAAUUCGCCUACUUACGGAUCGACGACGGGCACCAAGAACACGUCUAGCUUGCAAAGCUCUUAUCUGACUUCGUACACAACGCCAAGCACGAUGACGCAGUAUUCGUCGUAUGCCGGUUACAAUAGCGGCACCACGACAUUCCCUAACGUAGGGCAAAAUAUAUCCUCGGCUUCCCAGAAGCUGGACUACACCGCUUAUGGUAGCAGUUUGUACGGAAACGACAGGGUACCCCUUCAAUAUUCUGGAUAUUAUCCAAUGCCCGGUUACCAUACCACUCAUACGUCCUUCAACAUAGGAAAUCUCAACUUUGCUGAUUCGACGAAGACAGCACUCACGCUGGACGCGAGCGCUCAUGAUGCGAGUGACCCGACCGCACGAGAGACCACAAACGUCGAAGGAACUACAGCGAAGCCUUGCAGACGCGGUAGGCGACAGAGCGGAAGCGGAAACAGUAUCGGUUCCGCGGACACGACGGAAGCCGGCCCCGAUCGUAUAUUCAUUUGGGAUCUCGACGAAACCAUAGUCGUGUUUCAUUCGCUUCUCACUGGUCAAUUCGCUACGAAGCACCGAAAAGAUCCUACCUUGCUCGCACAGGUAGCCUACAGGAUGGAGGAAAUGAUAUUUAAUUUGGCCGACACGCACUUUUUCUUCAACGACAUUGAGGAUUGCGAUCAAGUACACAUAGACGACGUAUCGUCCGACGACAACGGACAGGACCUGUCCUCGUACAAUUUCGCAACGGACGGCUUUCAAUGUGCUUCGGCGAACAACGGCAUAUGCCUAGCCUCCGGGGUACGCGGUGGCGUAGAUUGGAUGAGAAAGCUCGCCUUCCGUUAUCGCAAAAUAAAGGAGAUCUACUGUAAUUAUCGGAACAACGUUGGCGGUCUGCUCGGAGCGGCGAAACGCGAACAAUGGGUCCAGCUGCGUUCAGAGAUCGAAGUUCUCACCGAUAAUUGGCUCACGUCGGCCGUCAAGUGUCUCAGUUUGAUCAACAAGAGAAGCCAUUGCAUCAACAUUCUCGUAACCACCACCCAACUUGUUCCGGCCCUCUCCAAGGUCCUUCUAUUCGGUAUAGGUGGAAUAUUUCCUAUAGAGAAUAUUUAUUCCGCUUCUAAAAUAGGAAAAGAGAGUUGCUUCGGAAGGGUGGUGGCUCGUUUCGGUCGUAGAUGUACCUACGUCGUGAUAGGGGAUGAUUCCGAUGAGGAGACAGCAGCGAGAGCGCACAAUUUUCCUUUCUGGCGAAUAAACAGUCACUCGGAUACUCAGGCGCUUUACAAUGCUUUGGAAAUGGGAUUCCUUUAACCUGCUUCCUUAACCUGAUAAAAAGGCAAAAGGAACAAAAAAAGAACGUUUCUCUUCAAAGACGCGAGUUAUCUUUUAUCGUGAAAAACUUGAAGGCAAAAAAUUAACGAUAA